AAGCCGAACUACCCGCUCCCGACGCUCAUCAAGCUCGCCAUCCACGGCAGCGCGCACCAGCGCCUCACGCUGCAGGAGAUCUACGGCGCGAUCGAGGACCGCUUCGAGUGGUACCGCAACUCGAUCCGGCACAACCUGUCACUCCGCAAGUGCUUCCUCAGGGUGCAGCGCCCCAUUACGGAGCCCGGCAAGGGCAACUACUGGAUGAUAGACCUCACGCAGGGCGAGGGC